AACACUACAUCGUUCCAACUGUUGCUGCACAGAAGUCAGUUUGCGAAGUGUUCUUACGACUAUCAGGAUGGCCACAGCAACAGCUUGCGCAUCUACCUUCUUGGCUGGACAGGCUCUCGGAGCCUCCAGCAAUGAGCUCGCCAAGAAAGUCAACGUCGGUGAAGCCCGCGUUGUUAUGCGCAAAGGAUCUGCUCCAUCCAGCAUCUGGUAUGGUGAGGACCGACCCAAGUACUUGGGCCCAUUCUCCGGUGCCACCCCAAGCUACUUGACCGGUGAAUUCCCCGGUGACUACGGUUGGGACACCGCCGGACUCUCUGCCGAUCCCGAGACCUUCGCCAAGAACCGUGAAUUGGAGGUGAUCCACGCUCGAUGGGCCAUGUUGGGAGCUUUGGGAUGUGUGACCCCCGAGCUGCUGGCCAAGAACGGCGUCAAGUUCGGCGAGGCGGUGUGGUUCAAGGCCGGAUCGCAGAUCUUCUCCGAGGGAGGCCUGGACUACCUCGGCAAUUCUGGCCUUGUCCACGCCCAGAGCAUUCUGGCCAUCUGGGCCUGCCAGGUCGUGCUCAUGGGAGCCAUCGAGGGAUACAGAGUAGCAGGAGGACCCCUGGGAGAGGUGAGCGACCCGAUCUACCCCGGAGGUCAAUUCGACCCCCUGAACUUGGCUGAGGACCCAGACACCUUCGCCGAGCUGAAGGUGAAGGAGCUGAAGAACGGAAGGCUGGCGAUGUUCUCCAUGUUCGGAUUCUUCGUCCAGGCUAUUGUCACCGGCAAGGGCCCGAUCGAGAACUUGUCCGAUCACUUGGCUGACCCAACCGUGAACAAUGCUUGGGCGUACGCCACGAACUUCACUCCCGGAAACUAGAGUGUUUGUUAUUAUGAAGCAAGGGGUUAGUGAAGCUUGUCACCUUCCCGUUGGAGGAGUGCUUCUGCUGUGUACAGGUUGUCUCACUUGUGAGCUACCUCGUGCGAGCAAUUGUAUCAUAGUUUCAGGUUCCGGAUAUUCGCUCAUGGCUCGAGAAGCUUGUAUAUUACAUGUCUGAAGUCGAUGUAAUGAAUAAAAAUGUUACAUUCAAACUCA